GACAUCUGUUCCAUCUACGACACUUAGAAUUCCUACCACAAGAAGCAUCGUACCAGUCCCAAGCGCCACUUUAACACCAUCGCAAGUGCUUUUCAUUUUAUCCCAGAAACAAGUAUUUGAUGUCGAACAGAUCCUCACCAUCGGCUAUUGCAUCUAACAAUACCGCUGUCAUUGCUGGAAGCGUAUGUGGGGCUCUCGGACUAGUUGCGAUCACCGCGGGCGUCAGCAUUUGGAUAUAUCGAAGGAACAGAGACGGCAUCCCGUCCUCAGGAGAGGGAGAUUACUACACCACCACACCACGCCCAUAUACGACCGCAUCUACACUGACACCGGCAAUAGUGCAGUCCACAACAACCUCAUCAAGGUCUCCCGGUAAAGCGCUGACAAUACGACAAGCGUUACUACGUGACCGAGCAGAGGGACUACGAGCGCAGGUUGCGACUUUGCAGCAGAACAAUGUUGAAGGCCGAUUGAUGGAAGAGAAUGAGCGCCAGAGGCGGCUGAUUUUGAGUUUGGAGAGACAGAUUAGGUAUUUGACGGAGCAGCAGGGGUCGGCGUGGGCUCUCGGGUAUACGGACGAGCCUCCGCCUUCGUAUGUGUCGGGUUCUAGUAGUGGAUUGGCGUGACGGAUUCAUAGAAUUAAAUUUUUGUAUUAUAGUAGACUGAAUGGGAG